AUGAAGUACUGGUUAUACAUAUUGUUUUGCUGCUUCUUGGUGACCAACACAAUGAGUUCCGAACUGGAUACGGAAUUGGUGGAUGCACUGGCUCACGUAAUGGUUAACUCGCAGAUGGGCACUUUCAAGACCGUGUAUAUCCAUACCCACUCAAGUGUCCGGUCAACUGGUGGCCAUUUGGAGGAGCUGCUCACCCAAUUGCUGGUGACUUUGCCGACCACUUUGCAGGCGAGGAGGCUGUUCCUCCAGCAAUCCAUGGAGUACAAGCCUUAUGCACAUGCUGUCCUGGCAUUGGUGGAUGAUUUUCCAGCUCUUUCGGCCAUUUACGAACGCAUUCGAGCCACCCAGGAUUUAUCCUACACUCUGGUUUACAUGUCCCUGCCCACGGAUGCGUAUGGUGAGGAGAUUCAGUUGAGCCUGCAGCUCUUGUGGCGCCUUAGUGUGCUGAAUGUGGGCGUGGUCGUGCGUCCUCCAGGCGGCCAGUUCCUCAUGGUAAGCUAUUUUCCGUUCAGCGCCACCCAUGGUUGCCAAAUGAUCUCGGCGAAUGUGGUGAAUCGCUAUCAAUUGCCGGCACGGCAAUGGGUAAGCCAGGAUUAUUUUCCCGCCAAGUUGGGCAACUUCUAUGGCUGUCUACUCACCUGUGCCACCUGGGAGGACAUGCCCUAUUUGGUUUGGCGGCGCGACGGUAGCGGAUCCUUCGUCGGCAUCGAGGGUGCCCUGCUCCAGUUCAUGGCCGACAAUCUGAACUUCAGCGUGGGUCUCUAUUGGAUGAACAAGGAGGAGGUGCUGGCCACUUUCGACGAGUCGGGCAGGAUUUUCGAUGAGAUCUUUGGCCACCAUGCGGACUUCUCCCUGGGUGGCUUCCAUUUCAAACCAAGUGCUGGCAGUGAGAUUCCCUACUCACAGUCCACCUACUACUUCAUGAGCCACAUCAUGCUGGUGACCAAUCUGCAGAGUGCCUACUCCGCCUACGAGAAGCUGGCCUUUCCCUUCGAUCCCCUCCUGUGGCGAGCCAUUGGCCUGGUCCUGAUCCUGGCCUGCCUGCUCCUCCUGAUGGUGGAUCGAUGGUGGCGUGGCCACGAGUUGCCCCGCCAUCCGUACUACCAGCUGUUGGUGCUGACCAUGGGUGGCAAUCUGGAGGAUCGAUGGCUGCCACGUGGAACUUGUGGACGCCUGCUGCUGCUCACCUGGCUGUUCGCCACCUUGGUGCUGCGGGGUGGCUACCAGUCGGGAAUGUAUCAGCUGCUGCGCCAGGACACCCAAAGGAAUCCGCCACAGACGAUUGCCGAGGUGCUGGCCCAGCGAUUCACCAUUCAGCUGGCCGCGGUGAAUGAGGCCAGGAUUCUGGCCAGUCUGCCGGAGCUGCGACCCGAGCAGCUGGUUCACCUCGAGGGCAGUGAGCUGCAAUCCUUUCCAGCCCUGGCCCAGCAGAGUGGCUCCUCGGCGCGGGUGGCCAUCCUGACCCCCUACGAGUACUUUGGCUACUUCAGGAGGGUGCAUGCGAUGAGCAGGAAACUGCACUUGGUGCGGGAACGCAUCUACACCCAGCAGUUGGCCUUCUAUGUGCGACGACACUCGCAUCUGGUGGGUGUCCUGGACAAGCAGAUCCAGCAUGCCCAUUCCCAUGGCUUCCUGGAGCACUGGACGCGACGGUAUGUGAGUGCCGUGGACGAGACGGACGAGGGUGCGGCCAGAAUGGCCACCACGGCGUACAGCACCCUGGAUGGCAUCGAUGGCGAUCCCCGGCUGACGGAGGCGGAGGAGCAGCCGGUGGCCCCCGGUCGCCGCAAUGUGCUCUCCAUGCGGGAACUGGCCGCCCUCUUUUGGCUCAUCCUCUGGGCGAAUCUGGGUGCGGUGCUGGUCUUCUUCGCGGAAGUGCUGCUACCCCGAAUAAAACGUGGCAAAAGGACAACACAAAUACCCACAAGGAUAGCAAAUUUAUCAAAUAGUGAAUGA